CUUGCCCUCUGAUUGGUUGAUCCGCCGCGCUGGUUUCCUGUCUCUUCCCGGCUUCCGUCCUUUCCUUUCCUCGCCGGCGGCUGCAGCUCCUCAGCGUUGCGAUGGCCAAAAUCAAAGCCCGUGAUUUGCGAGGGAAAAAGAAGGAAGAGCUGCUGAAGCAGCUGGAGGAUCUGAAGGUGGAACUGUCUCAGCUGCGGGUUGCCAAAGUGACUGGUGGAGCAGCUUCCAAACUCUCCAAAAUCCGGGUGGUUCGCAAAUCUAUCGCCAGGGUGCUGACGGUCAUUAACCAAACCCAGAAGGAAAAUCUCCGGAAAUUCUACAAAGGCAAAAAGUACAAGCCGCUGGACUUGAGGCCUAAGAAGACUCGUGCCAUGCGGCGCAGGCUAACCAAGCACGAACAGGGUCUGAAGACCAAAAAACAGCAGCGGAAAGAGCGCCUGUACCCACCUCGGAAGUACGCUGUUAAGGCAUGAGCCUCACAUCUUCAACUGUUCAGAAAUGAAGUUUUUUUCCAUUAAAGGUGUUUGCUUUGGA